GUCGCGAGUAAUAAGAUUCGCAGUGUGAAGAGGUAUCCUCGUCGUCUUCGUCGCCAAGACCGCGCGACGAAACCCUAAACCCUAAUCCUGCACACGAAUUCUCGCUCCACUCGAGCUCCACUCAGGCUCCACCCGAUUUGUGUGUGUGAGUGUGUGUUUGUGUCUGUAUUUUGUUUGUUGUUGGAGAGCUCGCUGCGUCAUGGACCGUGAUUAUGGCAGCAAGCCUGGGAGCGGAGGCGCUGCCUCGGCCCAGAACGAGGCCAUUGAUCGACGGGAGCGCCUUCGGCGUUUGGCGUUGGAGACCAUCGACCUUGCCAAGGAUCCUUAUUUCAUGCGAAAUCAUCUUGGAAGUUAUGAAUGUAAGCUUUGUUUGACGCUCCACAACAACGAGGGUAAUUAUCUGGCUCACACUCAGGGGAAACGGCAUCAGACCAACUUGGCGAAACGUGCAGCUCGUGAAGCGAAAGAUGCUCCUGCCCAGCCUCAACCCAAUAAACGAAAAGUUAAUCCACGUAAAACAGUUAAAAUUGGUCGCCCGGGUUAUCGAGUAACUAAGCAAUUUGAUCAGGAGACUAGACAGCGUUCACUACUUUUCCAGAUUGAGUACCCUGAAAUAGAGGAGGGGACCAAGCCUCGCCAUCGAUUUAUGUCAUCUUAUGAACAGAGGGUACAGGCUUGGGACAAGCGCUACCAGUAUCUUUUAUUUGCUGCCGAGCCUUACGAAAUCAUUGCUUUCAAGGUUCCCAGCACUGAAAUCGAUAAAGUUUCAAACAAGUUUUUCACUCACUGGGACCCAGACACAAAAAUGUUUACGCUUCAACUCUAUUUCAAACCAAGACCCGCCGAUCAGAAAGGGGCUCCGGCUUUGGGUGCCAACGGGGCGCCCUCUAGUGGACCUCCUCCUAAUCGGCCUCCACCACCACCACAUCAUAUUGGGGGAGGACCAAUGUCAGGCGGUCCUCCAAUGGGGGGUCCACCCCAACGAGGCGCACCUCCCAUGGGUGCCCCUCACCAAAUGGGACAUCCCCAACAAAACAUGAAUGGCCCUCAUCGUCCGAUGUUCCCCCCUGGAGGUCCACCGAUGGGUGGUCCUCCGCAGAUGGGAGGACCCCCUCGGGGAUUUCCUCCCGGUCCCCCUCCUGGCAUGCGAGGGCCACCUCCAUCAAUGGGAGAUGGUCCGUCCCAGGGCUAUAAUCAAGGGCCACCUCCACAGAGUUACCAAGUAGGGCCUCCAAUGAACCAAGGCAUGAGGCCUCCUGGUCCCCCACCUCCCAACAUGGGUCAGCAGAUGAUGCAUAGGCCACCUCCUCCCCAGCAAUGAAGCAGGGUUGGAGUAUAAUGGUGUAGAUGGCUUUUUGUCCCCCACUUUGUACACUGCUUUGAGCCAUAACUUUUUUUUUUUUUUUUUUUUUUUUUUCGUUUUUUUCUUUUCAAUUUUCAGUUUUCAAUUAAAAAAGGUUACUUACACUCAAAGCAGCGGCUUCUUCAUAGUGCAGUUCGUUUGGAUGUUUGAUCACAAUGCUCGUAGGCGUUCAAAUUCGGACUUUUUAAUGUUAGAAACCUUUUUGCAUUUAGAAUUUCUCAACCCUUUCUAUGCGCUGUUAGUUAUUUAAGAUACGAUCCAGUUCCAUGGAUCCUAAAGUGACCAAUGCGUAGUUUUAAUAGUCUAUGCUAGCAAAAUAUUUGAAACAAUUAUUUUGAACAAUUACCUUUCCCCUCUCCCCAAAAAAAGUUCUAUUCUCUUGGUAAUUCACACAUUUAGCUCACCAUGUU